GUAUCAUUAAAUGCAAACACUUAUUCAAAUGGAGUCCGAUCGCAAGCAACACGUAAAACACUGGUCGGUGAAGGCAGGUGCGACGACAACAGAAAGAGACGUGGUCUUUUCUACAUAUGAAUGUGAUUUGCAGAAUCUCGAGGAAUAUACUUGAAUUCUUCGGGGAAAAAAAAUACACGUAGAUGACGUAGUACUGCAGAUAUAUCGUGUGAAGAAAAAGAAAAACAAAAUCGUAACCUUUCCACCGAUUAUCUUGAGAUAAAUUUUUCCGCGUCAAUAAAUGAAAGUUUACGUGAAUUUGUAGUUAUUUAUCUAAUGAAGGUUACGUUUGAUCGUACCAUUGAUAAAAUGGAAAUGGCCUUUGUUAAAUAUCAAAAUCUCGAAGAAAAAGUUUUGGAAAAUUUAAAGAUAAAUGGCAUAAAACAUCGAUCAAAAGGAAGCAGUGGAUUAUGGAUUGGAGGUUUAAUUGGAUUCUGUGCAGUUUUAACGUUACUAAAAGAAAGUAAUAGCUAUUCGGAGAUAUGUUUGGUCACAGGAUUAGGAGGUUUUGGAUUAAUCGUUAGCUGCUUGUCUCUUUACGUUCGCCUUUUUAUAGGAAAUGGCGCGAUUAAAGAUUUUCAUGCUAUUUAUUUUCUACCGUCGAUCACAACAUCUAUGUUAUAUCUUCUUGUAGCAAACAAAGCUAUAAAAUAUAUUCAUCAUGUUUUCCUCGAUCAUUACACAAGUGCAGGAUUGCUGACAAGUUUAAUAUGGGGAUUAAGCGUAGGAAGCUUGGGUACCUGGGGAGUCCUACAAUUAAUGUCACAUUGCCCAGGUUGUUUCACGAUAGGAGAGGCAACGAUAGUUAUGCACGGAAUUAUUUUAUUCCUAUUGUCGGUCGCCACGAAUGUACCAUUGAGGUAUCAUUUACCACCAAUUCAUAAUGACGAUAUCGUUACUGUUAUAUUGCAGAUUGGCAUAUUAUAUGUGUUAUCAGUUUGUAUAUUAUGUAAAAGCUUUUCUAUACUACGUUUCCCUUUGUACUUUUAUACAAUGUUAUUUGGUACUUUUUUUCUACUCGCUGUUCCAUUGUUAUAUGUCCUCCUUGACAAAAAUCCUAUAACAUGGAUAUUAUUUUAUAUCACUGGAGAACCACAUAGAAUUACAUUGAUAAUAUAUUGGACAAUUUGUUUAUUAUUUUGCGUAUUUGUUAUAAUCUUUCAAACGCUAUCUGGCAUUCGAGCUACAACCUCCAUCAGGAAAUAUUUUCAUGUCCUAGCCGUUCUGGUUUAUAUCCCCGGACUUAUAUUCGAGCCUACGUUAUUAUAUCUUGGAAGCGGCGUUAUAAUGGGAAUAUUCAUACUGUUUGAGUUAUCAAGGAUUUUGCAUAUAUCGCCAUUGGGGGAUAUUCUGCAGAAAGGGUUCAUUGUAUUUGUGGACGAGAAAGAUACUUUAAUAUCUUUGACGCCAUUGUAUUUACUCUGUGGCCUUUCAUUUCCAUUGUGGAUGCCAGCUAGUAAUGUUUCACUGUUCGUCCUUCUUAGUGGGGUAUUAACAGUAGGCAUAGGCGAUACGGCUGCUAGUUUCGUCGGUAGUAAAUGGGGAAAGCAUAAGUGGCCAGGUUUAGAAAAAUCUCUGGAAGGAACGCUUGGCUGUGUUAUUAGUCAACUUGGAACGAUAAUGGUUCUUGUUUACAUGCGAUAUAUCAAUGAUCAAUGGUCGUUAUUAAGAGGUAUACCGUCCGUUAUUGCAAUUUCUUUUGUUGAAACGAAAACCGAUCAAAUUGAUAAUCUGAUUCUACCGUUGUUGAUGUAUCUAUGUCUUAUCAUCUAGAUGCAGUACAUUUUUUACUGUAGAAGGUAACAACGUUACGUUAUAUAUACUCAAAGUUUUAUUAGGAUAUAAAUUAUAUUUGCAGCACAUUCAACAAGUUCUCGUUAAAUGAUGCCAUUCAUUGAUGGAGAGAACAUAUUUUGUAUGCGUCAUAUAUUUAGUUGCAAGUUUUAAUUAUAGUACGUACAUAUGUUGUAAAUAUUAAUAUAGUAUUGAUAUGAACGAACCAAGUUUUUGUAAAGAAAGGAAAGAAGAAAAAAAUAUUACGAUUACAUGGAGCAUUUAGAGAUAUUAAUGGAUUUUGGUAAUUUUAGCUAAUAUUUCAUUUAAUAAUGUUCAUAUAUAAAUUUUAUACUAUGAUUACAAGCUUUUGUACGUAAUAGCUUAAUGUAUUAUUUUUGAACAAAUUUUCGUAACUU